UUUAUUUUUGUCCGAUAUUUGUUUGUAUUUGUGUUUUGCUAAGGUGUUUUGUGAUAUUUUUGGUAUUUGAUUUAUGUGGUCAUUUUUUCAAAAGUAUUUUAAUACUCAAAAAAUGUAAUCUAAUAACAAUGACAUUCUUUUCUAUGAUUCUUUUCAGCAAUUUAGAAUGUUAAGGUUAUCCAAGAAAAGAUUUCUGUUGACUAUUUGGGUAAUUUUAACUCUGUCGUUUAUAUUCUAUUCAGAAUAUCUGCUUUAUAAAUUAAAUACCAAGAAGUGGUAUCAGAUCCCGUGCAGAAAUCCAAGAGAAUGUACAAGAAUUCUGCUUGUAGCUGAUCCACAAAUUAUAGGCAAUUUAAAUGAAGUUUUCCAUCCUGUAACUCCUUUUACUAUUUUAGAUAGUGAUAGAUAUUUAAAAAAUACGUACUCUGUUGCUUACCAGUUUGUAAAACCAGAUGUUAUACUUUUCCUGGGAGAUUUAACAGAUGAAGGCCAUAUUGCUAGCGAUGAUGACUUCUAUAAUUAUGUUAGAAGACUUUUUCAAAUAUUUUUAUAUCCAUUUGAAAAUGACCAACAUGUUAAGCAUAUUUGGAUACCGGGAGAUAAUGACAUUGGUGGAGAGGAUACAAAAGUAACUCUAAAAAAAUUACAAAGAUUUGAUAGAGCAUUUUCACAACCCAGUUUAAACAAAAUAAAUAACAUAACAAUUUUCAAAGUUAAUCGACUUACUUCUAUCAUACCAGAUUAUAAAAAAGAGAGAGAUUUUUAUGAUACUAGUAAUAUUUUUGUUGGUAUUAGUCACAUGCCUUUAAUGUUCCUUCCAUCACCUUUUGUCAGACAAGUGGUUGACAAAAUGUUACCUCACAUAUUUUUUACUGGUCAUGAACAUAAAAGCAUGAUAAUUAGUACAGAUGGUUUGCUACGUCAAGAUUACCAAAUUACACCUGUUACACCCGACAAUACACAAGUGUAUGAAUUUACCUUAGGAGUAACUGAUAUGUAUGAAAUAAUGAUUCCAACAUGUUCUUACAGAAUGGGUACAAAUAAAAUUGGAUAUGGAUUCGCUGUAAUUGAGAAUAAUGAAUUAAAAUUUACUAUAUUAUGGUCACCACACAGAUUUGAACACUUAGCCAUAUACCUGGUUCUGAUUGUAUUACCCCUUCUUAUAUUUUGCAUAUCCAAAAGUUGUGGCUGUGUUAUAAAAUUAUCAAAAUCAAAUUAUAAGUAUUCAUAUUUAUAAUAUUUUGUAUUAUACAUUGUAUAUAAUA